GCGCCGGAAGGCCUCGGAGCCGGGUGGGCGGGGGCCGCAGCGGCGCGGGGGGUCGCCAUGGCUACGGAGCCCGCGCCCCUGGGGCCGGCCGCCCCUUCGCUGGUGGAUCGUUACUUCACCCGCUGGUACAAAGCAGAUGUCAAAGGAAAACCCAGUGAGGACCAUUGUAUACUACAGCAUUCUAACCGAAUCUGUGUCAUCACACUGGCAGAAUCUCAUCCAGUACUUCAAAGUGGAAAGACAAUUAAAAGCAUCUCCUAUCAAAUCAGCACCAACUGCAGCAGACUUCAGAACAAGGUCUCCGGGAAAUUCAAGCGGGGGGCACAGUUUCUAACAGAACUUGCACCUCUGUGUAAGAUUUACUGUUCAGAUGGAGAAGAAUACACCAUAUCUAGCUGUGUCAGGGGACGGCUGAUGGAAGUGAAUGAAAACAUCCUCCAUGAGCCAUCCAUUCUUCAGGAGAAGCCGUCCACCGAAGGUUACAUUGCAGUUGUAUUGCCCAAAUUUGAAGAAAGUAAGAGCGUAACAGAAGGUCUACUAACGCGAAAACAAUAUGAAGAAGUCUUGGUGAAACGCACAAAUGUCGCAGCAGCCACCUCCUGAAGGCUGGCCUGGAGAGGGCGUGUGCAGAGUGGACACUUCCCGCCCGCCUCCCCGCAGUGGCUGCCGGCUGCCCGGCAGAAGAGCUGCUCGAUUCACAGCCCGUCCCCGGAGAGCCCGCCCUGCACUGCGCCCGGUUCUCCUUCCCUGUCCAGCUCGCCGUAUCCCCAUUUCAUCUUUCAGCCUCCCAGACUGCCGCCCGGGGACUCCCUUCUUCCUCUGCUGCAUUUUCUAACAAGCAGUACAUAAACACAGGGUAUUUUUGGGUUAGUAACAAAAGUGGAUAUUUUCACAUAGAUAUUGUGGCAUUGGGUACUGGUUUGGACUCAAUUUUCCAUCAAUUGGAAGUUUUAAAACGAGUGGAUCCUUCUGACCCUUCUUAACCUCUACUUCACUGUGAUACCAGAAAGUCUAGCCUAGCGUUUCUCCAACUUUCUCCGUCACCCCGUUCUGACCUUGUGUUCUCCCUGUGACCCAACCUACCUGUUGGCUCCCUGGUCUCAUGCUGUGUGUCUCCCCCCAUCCCCUCCCCCGUUUAUGUGAUUUGUUUACCUAAAGCCCUGUUACAAUGAGUUUCAGAUAAAAAGAACCUUAAAAUUUAUUAUUUUUCCUGAAAAUUCAUGCAUUUAAGUAUCACUUGUUGAGUAAAAAUUACUUAGAAGAAUCCCCUUACAUGUUGGGGGUCAGGGAGAUAGCUCUACAGAAUGAACGUAUGCUUGGCUUGCGAGAACGUGAACCUUUACAGCCGAUUCCCAGCACUGCAGUCCAUGCAGUGCACCAGGGCUCCAAGACAUGAAAGUUUCUGCACACCCUGCAGGUUUAGGCAAACCCCUCCCACCCCCAAAAAGAAUGUCUAGCUUGUAAACAUUUCUCCUCUUAUUUCUAUAGUAAUUUGAAAGGAUCUUUUGUUAUCAGAGAUCAAAAAGUAAUGAUUUGGGGGUUUUGGUUUGGGGGUCACACCCAGCAGUGUGUGUUUCAGGGUUUUUAGUUUGGGGGUCACACCCAGUGUGUGUGUAUGAUUCAGGGUGUUUUUGUUUGGGGGUCGCACCCUGUGUGUGUGUGUGUGUGUGUGUGUGUGUGUGUAUGAUUCAGGGUUUUUAGUUUGGGAGUCACACCGUGUGUGUGUGUGUUUGUGUGUGUGUGUGUGUGUGUGUGUGUGUGUGUGUGUUUGUACACGUGUGGUGUUGGCCCGGGCUGUGGCAGCACAGUGAGAAGCCCAGUCACAGAUGAGGGAAGGGCUCAAGAAAAGGCCCUGGGUUUAAGGAAAAAACCCAGGUUCAGCCAGAACUGUUUAUUUUCUGCUGAAGAUUAGACUCGAUGAUGAUAAGCUGAAAAGUAAAAAAAAAAAAAAAACAAGGAAGUGCAGGUGUAUACAUACUCAAAAAAAAAGCUUUAGUUUAAACUCAUUUAGUCAGUGGGAUAUUUGACUUGGUUUUUGUUUUGGGGCCACACCCAGGUAGUGCUCAGGGCUUACUCUUGGCUCUGCACUCAGGGAUCAUUCCUGGUGGUGCUCGGGGUACACCAUGGGGUGCUGGGGAUUGAUCCCAGAUCAGGCUUAUGCAAGGCAAACACCCUACUUGCUGUUCUGUCCCUCUGGCCCCCUGGGCUUAAACUUGAUUGUGGCAAUGUCCCAUUUUAGAAUCACACUGCAGUUUGAAUUCUAGCGAUUGCCAUGGCAUUUAUUAGUUUCCAAAAGUUUCCACAAUUGAUUUUAUGGUCAGAAAAUACAGCAGUAUUUCAUGGUGUGUGGGUUUUUUUUUUAAUAAAAUUUUUGAAUUUCUAAAAAUAUAAAGGAUCAUCUGUUUUAGAAAAACGUCAGCCUUGCCACGCGAUGUUGCAGAUAUCUGACCCCAAAAGCUCAGGAUUUGCCAUUCACAGAGUCUUUCUUUGUCACCGAGCCCCACUUGUUGUUUUCCAUCUGAAACUGAAAAAGAAUUAAGACAAUUACUUUUCUACGUGGAAAAUAAAAAA